AGCCGUUAUAAAUGUAUUUAAUAACAAUAAUAAUUUGAAGCCUUGACUGAAGGGGGGCAAGCACGGGAUAACCUCCUAUUGAUCCACUUAUCAGUAUCAGGAACACCGACUGCGUUGGUGAAAAUUGAAAAUAGAAAAUGGCAGAAUUGAGUUUGGGAAUUUUAAUUGACAUUGUUGAUGAAGAAUGGAUGAGAGACACUCUCCCUGAUGACGAUCUUCCACUGCCCCCAACACUGGUUGUAAGGACAGAUGAUACUGAGGACUCAAAUCAGGAGACUCAACAAGUUAACGUGGAUGCUUGGCACGAUCUUGCCUUGGGUCAAGAAUAGAAGUUUCAUUUACUUUUAUGUUAUGGUUUGUAAUUAGUGAGUAGAGAUGAUGCUUCCUGUUGUAAUGAAUUCAAAUUUUAUAAACCUGGUAAGUAUGGUAUUACUGAAUUGUGUCAUUGCUGAAUACUAUUUGUUUUUGCUGUCACGAAAGCACUCUUGGACUUUUGGUGGUCGCAAGGUUAGGGCAUGCCCGAGCCUAAAGAUAGAGUAUUGGUACGCUCUGAAGUCUGUAUUAAAUUAGUAAAUGAUUGACAAUAGUAAUAUCAAGUUUUUUAAGAUA